AUGUUGUCUAAUGUACAUGAUUAUUCUAAAGGUGCAAGGUCAGAACCGCCGCCGCUGAAGGAGCUCGCCCCGAGCCCGAGCCACCCGUGCCCCACCUCCCUCACCACGUCGCCCAGGAGCGGCCGCCCUCUCCCCGCCAUCGCGCCGGCGUCCUGCCAGAGGAGCCUCGUCCCGCGCCGCCGCAGAUUGCCCCGCCCUCGCGCCGCCGUUGCCUCGCCGACCCCGCUGGCCAUGCCAUCCCGCCGCCGCCCGAGCCCGCCCCGAGUACCCACCGCCGGUGGUUGCCACCACCGCCUCCACCCCGUGCGCCACCAUCUCCUGCCAACCCCGCCUGGCCCUACUCCGCUCGCCGCCGCGCCACCGUCUCCUGUCGACCCCGCUGGCCACGCCAUCCCGCCGCCGCGCGAGCCCGCCCCAAGUACCCACCGCCUCGGCCCCGUGCGCCACCGCCUCCUGCCGACCCCGCCUGACCCUACUCUGCUCGCCGGCGAGUGUACCUGGAGAGAGAGAGAGAGAGGUGAGAGAAACCUGACAAGAGGGCCCCACCCAGGUCAAAACCGCCGUUGA